AUGUCUCAGGCGUCUGUGUCGCGCCGCGUCUUCCCCAGGAUGUCCUUUCGUCCUUUGAAUGCGUUUGUCUCUUCUCUGUUGUCCUUGAUUGUUCUCUUCGUUCUCUGUUCUCCGCCUCCCCCUCGCCUCUGCAACUCCUCUCCUUUUCGUUCUUGGCCGCUUGCUGGUCUCUCUUCUUCCUCUGCUUGGCUACUCGUGGUGAAUGCGUCGACGUUGCAAAAACAAAACAGCAGGAGAGUUUCGUCCGCCGGCACCUCAGGCGCCCUGUUGAGCUCUUCUCUUUCCUCCUGUCUCUUUUUGUCUCCUUCCCAGUUCUCUCCCGGCCGUCGUCGGUCUCUCUUCUGUUCUCCCUCUGUCUCCCUUUCGCGGCCUCAUCGUUCUCCUUCUUUCUCGCCUUCGCUGUCUCUGCUAAAGUCUCAGCGCCGCUUCUUUCCUUCUCUUGCGCCGACCGCCUUUCUCCCCUCUCUUCCGCUCCGUCUCUCUCCUCGCUCUCCCUCGCCUCUCUCUCGGUCUUCUUCCCCCUUUCGUUCUGCGUCUCUCUCUCCUUCGUCUCCCGCUCUCUUUCCUUCUCCGCCUCGCUCUUCUCUCCUCCGCAGUUCCUCCGUUGGCGGGGAAUCUGAGGGAGAAGGCGGAGGGGAGACUGAGACGACCGGCGAAGCAGGUGAAAGGAGACCAACGUUCAGAAUUGGACAUGGAUACGAUCUUCACCGAGUCACAGCGAACCCACUGGAGGCUACAGGUCCCCUUGUCAUCGGAGGCGUCUGCAUCUCGACCCCUCCGGAGAAAGGCUGGGUGUUUGACAGAUGGCUUUCCUCUCAGGGCGUUCUGGCACUGCGCUCGUUCGUUCAGCGUUUCACGACGCUGUUGACCAGAGCGAAAUGCAGCCUCGCUCCGUGGUGCACAAACGCUCCGCAUUCUGCGGCGACUGGUAGUUGCGGAGAAUCCGGCAGAACGCGACACCGAGGAAACGCCUGGUUGUCCCGACUCUUCCGACCCACUCGUAAUUCCCCGCGGGCCUCCGUGCCGUUCUCUUCUUCUCUGUCUUCUUCUCUGUCUUCUUCUCUCUCUUCUUCUCUCUCUUCUUCUUCCCCGCCGGCCGUGGAGAAUUCGUUCGGAGUGGUGGCGCACUCGGACGGAGAUGUACUGUUGCAUGCGGUGUGCGACGCUGUGUUCGGAGCUUUCGCUUUGGGGGACAUUGGCGAGCAUUUUUCGGACUCGAAUCCGGCUUUCCGCGGCAUGUCUUCGUCGCUCUUGGUGGCGCGAGCGCUGGAGAUAGUCCGCGCGAAGCAUCCGGACUGGAGACUGGGGAGCGUGGACGCGACGGUGGUUUUCGACGCGAUGAAGUUCGGACGCGCCAGAAAGCAGAAAAUGCGAGAAAACCUCGCCGAGCUGCUGCAACUCCCCGCCGCCGCUGUCAGUGUCAAAGCAAAAACGAGCGAGGGAGUUGGACCCGUGGGGCGGAAGGAAGCCGUCGCAUGCCAUGUCGUCCUCACGCUUUUCAAAAGCACAAGAACUGACGAAACAGAGAAAAAACAAGACACCAACAACGCUCAACGAUUGUUACAGAACUCGCCUCAAACACAGGCAUGA